GGAGCGUCUGGGCUGCAGGACUAGGACUGGGAGGCUUUCAGGCCAGCGGUUGCUUGAAAAGCGCUGCCGCGGCUAGGCCCGGGGCAGGCAAUGGCAGGGGUCGUGUGAUCACGGACAGUGAGAGGGCCAUUGCUAUCAUGCCCGGGCGCGCGGGCGCCGCUCGGUUCUGCUUGCUGACCGCAGCCCUCCAGCUACACUGGCCGCUGGGAUGGACAAAUGGAAGCAAAGAAGGCGACCCCCAGCCACAACAUGAAUUCAUAAUACCUCAGUGGCGGACUUCAGAAAACCCCAGGAGAGGAAAGCAUCCACUCACAGCGGAGCUCAGGGUCACAGCGGAAGGGCAAGAACUGAUCCUGGACCUGGAGAAGAACGAACACCUUUUUGCUCCAGCCUACACAGAAACCUGCUACACUGCAAAUGGCAACCCUCAAACCACCACCUUGAAGUCCGAGGAUCACUGCUUUUACCACGGGACUGUGAGGGAAGCAGAAACAUCCAGCGUCACGCUCAGCACCUGCCGGGGAAUUAGAGGACUGGUUAUAGUGAGAAGUAACCUCAGCUACAUCAUCGAGCCUGUCCCUGGCAACGACAGCCAACACCGUAUUUACAGAUCUGAACAUCUCAAGCUGCCCCCGGGGAACUGUGGGUUCGAGCACUCUGAGCCCACCGCCAAGGACUGGGCCCUUCAGUUUACACAGCAGACCAAAAAGCAACCUCGCAGAAUGAAACGGGAAGACUUACAGUCCAUGAAGUACGUGGAACUGUACCUGGUGGCUGAUUACUCAGAGUUUCAGAAGAAUCGGCGUGACCAGGAUGCCACCAAACACAAGCUCAUGGAGAUCGCCAACUAUGUUGAUAAGUUUUACCGAUCCCUGAACAUCCGGAUUGCUCUCGUGGGCUUGGAGGUGUGGACACACGGGGAUAAGUGUGAAGUCUCCGAGAACCCGUACUCUACCCUUUGGUCCUUUCUUAGUUGGAGGCGCAAGCUGCUUGCCCAGAAAAGCCACGACAAUGCACAGCUCAUCACGGGCAGGUCCUUUCAAGGUACUACCAUUGGCCUGGCGCCACUCAUGGCCAUGUGCUCUGUGUACCAGUCUGGAGGUGUCAGCAUGGACCACUCCGAGAAUGCCAUUGGCGUGGCUUCCACGGUGGCCCAUGAGAUUGGCCACAACUUUGGCAUGAGCCAUGAUUCUGCACAUUGCUGUUCUGCCAGCGCAGCCGAUGGCGGGUGCAUCAUGGCAGCUGCCACUGGGCACCCUUUCCCCAAAGUCUUCAGUUGGUGCAACAGGAGGGAGCUGGACAGGUACCUGCAGUCAGGAGGCGGGAUGUGUCUCUCGAACAUGCCAGACACGCGGACGCUGUACGGAGGCCGGCGGUGUGGCAACGGGUACCUGGAAGACGGCGAAGAGUGCGACUGUGGGGAGGAGGAGGAAUGUAAAAACCCUUGCUGCAAUGCCUCCAACUGCACUCUGAAGGAAGGGGCCGAGUGUGCCCAUGGGGCCUGCUGUCACCAGUGUAAGCUGGUGGCUCCCGGAACCCCGUGUCGCGCGCAGGUGCGGCAGUGUGACCUCCCCGAGUUCUGCACUGGCAAGUCUCCCCACUGCCCCACCAACUUCUACCAGAUGGACGGCACCCCCUGUGAGGGCGGCCAGGCCUACUGCUACAAUGGCAUGUGCCUGACUUACCAGGAGCAGUGCCAGCAGCUUUGGGGACCUGGAGCCCGGCCUGCCCUCGAUCUCUGCUUCGAGCGGGUGAAUGCAGCUGGAGAUACCUAUGGAAACUGUGGCAAGGGCUUGAAUGGCAAAUACAGGAAGUGCAGCCCCAGGGAUGCCAAGUGUGGGAAGAUCCAGUGUCAGAGCACCCAGGCCCGGCCCCUGGAAUCCAAUGCCGUAUCGAUUGACACCACCAUCACCUUGAAUGGGAGGCGGAUCCACUGUCGGGGCACCCAUGUCUACCGGGGUCCUGAGGAGGAGGAAGGGGAAGGUGACAUGCUGGACCCAGGCCUGGUGAUGACUGGGACCAAGUGUGGUCACAACCACAUUUGCUUCGAAGGACAGUGCAGGAACACCUCUUUCUUUGAGACCGAAGGCUGCGGGAAAAAGUGCAAUGGUCAUGGGGUCUGCAACAACAACAAGAAUUGUCACUGCUUUGCUGGCUGGGCUCCACCGUUCUGUAACACCCCAGGAGAUGGCGGCAGCAUUGACAGUGGUCCUUUGCCCCCCAAGAGUGUGGGCCCCGUGAUAGCCGGGGUGUUUUCGGCCUUCUUCAUGCUGGCUGUCCUCGUGUUGCUAUGCCACUGCUAUAGACAGAGCCACAAACUGGGCAAGCCCUCGGCCCUCCCUUUCAAGCUCCGGCAGCAGUUCAGUUGUCCCUUUAGGGUGUCUCAGAGUGGUGGAACUGGCCAUGCCAACCCAACUUUCAAGUUGCAGACACCCCAGGGCAAGCGAAAGGUGGCCAACACCCCUGAAACUCUCCGAAAGCCCUCCCAUCCUCCUCCCCGGCCCCCUCCAGACUACUUGAUUGUUGAACCCUCACCUGUAUCAUUGCCAGUACACCUGAACCAGGCUGCUAGGAGCUCCCCGGAAACUAGGGCUCAGGUAGAACGAAAGGAGUCCACCAGGAGGCCUCCCCCAAGCCGGCCCAUGCCCCCUGCACCUAACUGCCUCCUGUCCCAGGACUUCUCUAGGCCUCGGCCGCCCCAGAAGGCACUCCCAGCAAACCCUGUGCCAGGCCACAGGACAGUUCCCAGGCCAGGAGGUAGCUCCCUGCUGCAGCCACCUACUGCCGGUCCUCAGCCUCCCCGGCCUCCCACAAUAUCUGUUCCAAAGCUUCCUGAGUACAGAUCACAGAGGGCUGGAGGAACAACUAGCUCCAAGAUCUAGAACUGUAUAGAAGUUUCUUGUUUCCCUUGAAGACUCUGGAUGCCAUGGAAGAUCCAGAAGAAAGAAGUCUGCUCGGCCACCUUGAAGCUUCUCCAGCCUUCUGGAGUCCCCCUCAUCUCCAGAAUCUCCCUUCUCGCCCCAGUGCCUCCUGUUUCCUCUGAGGCCCAGAGGGACUAUCUGAUGGCUUCUAAGUAUUGUCCUGUGCAAUAUACAUCCCUGGCGGGAAAGGGGGCCUGAUGGAAGAAGAUGGGGAAGAUUCUCUCUCAGCCCCCUAGCCAAUGACGGUCAGGGAAGGUCUCAAGCUGGAGAUUCCUCCUUCUGUGCCCAGCUUGGAGAAGGAAUCCACACAGCUCCCAUGCUGGCAAGUACAUGGGAGAGCAUCUGUUGAUUGGCCUUUCUCUGGAAUUCCCAGGUUACAGAGAGGCUGGGCCUUGCCUGUCUCUUAGCUUUCAGGGACUGAGGAAGCCGCUGCUGCAUCCCUGCCCCAGGGCUUGGUCAAGGUGCCUGUUCCUGGUCAAAUGACUGCAUGUGACAAGCCAUGCUCCCCUGCCGCUCCUCACGUUCCCGCUCCCAUAUUUACACGGGUCGCUCUCUGACUCAGACAGGUACUAUUUGUAGGCAGCGUAGACAGCAGUGGGGAGUGGUCAGCCUGUGUCCCCACUGAGCCGUGAUGCCAAAGGUUGUUAGGACUCUCAGAAUUCCCAGUUGCCCGUCCCCAUUGUUUCUCGGGUCCCCUCCUCCUCCUCCAACCUCCCUAUCCUAUGGUGCUUUGGUGGUAAAACCACAGCAGCCCUGACUUGCUGGUGACCAUACUCUGAUGACCGACGAAUCAGGAUCCUGCCUCACGGGGUAGGCACUGGACUUUCCUGCACUGGAUCUCAUGAGUGUUGAGCUGAGUGGGCUUGGGUGAAAGAGAAAGAAAGAGGAGAAAGAGAGAGAGAGAGAGAGAGAGAGAGAGAGAGAGAGAGAGAGAGAGAGAGAGAGAGAGAGAAUAUGCCAGCUCUGCAUAUAAUUGUGGUUUUUGGCCUCAAGCAGGAAAAGGGUCCUCCCCCUAUUUCUGACCUAUAUCCUAGGUGAUAUUUUUUGAGGUAGUCACAGGUAUACUGAGGGGACAGGCAUGUUUAAAACCCCAGUUAUUAGGAAAGUAUACACAGGGGCACCAGCCCCUCCCCUCGUGGUCAGUUCAAAGGUGGGUCUGUUGACUCUAAAGAGAUAGCUGAUCUCUUUGGAAGCUGCCAGCAGCCACAGUAAACCAGAUCUGGGCAGGGGGCCCCCAACCCUCUUCAGCCAGGAUCUUAUCAUGCACUUCCAUUGGUUCUCUCCUAAUCACUGCCUAUAUGUGAUCCUCAUGAAAAGAGCUCAGGAGGGCGUCUUGGUGCUCUGCUAGUUAGGGCAGUCCCUCCAUAUUUGCUGGGCUUGGCCUCUGAGAGGCCAUCUUCCAUCACCCAAAAGGUGCUGGGAUAGCACUCCAGAAGGUCCUCUAGGGACCUUCCUGCCACCACAGUGAGCAGUUGCUAGCUCUUAGAAGCCUCCCUGAGGAGGAGACAAGCUUGUGACUCCCAUUUAUAAACAACUUCCUGAUAGCUCUUCACAGAGGAAACUCUCGACUCGAGCUCUUGGGAUUGUAGGCAGAUGGGAGAUGUGGGGUGCAUGGCUGAGGGUAGAAAGAUCUCAGGAAAACACCUUUCUCCUCAGGGUGACCAUGCGGUUCCCACUCUGACUCCCUGAGCCGUGAUACAGAAGGUCGCAGGGACCUAGGUCCAUUUCCUGCCUUCUGAGAGCUUUCCUUUCACGUGCUACGCCAAAUGCCCAGUGACUACAGCUUGGGUCCUAAAAUCACCCUGCCGCUCACCAUGAAGUUAGAAACACCACUUCCCUUAAACCCGACCCCGUACCUUCUAGACAUUCUUGUGGGCUGUGUGGCCUUUCUCCCUCAGCUCAGGAGGCAGGUGGCCCUGAGGGCCAAUGCCACAGCCACAGCAUGAGCCUUCCGAACCUCAAGCCUUCCGUCCUUUGAACCAUACCAGAAGAAGACCCAUUUCCUUGCUCUUCGGUAAUCAUUUUUUUUUCCUUUGCCAUUUUCAUUGCUUUGAUGAUGCCACCCCCAUUCCAUAAAAUUAUACUGUGAACAGGAAGAUGACAAACUUUUUUAAUUUGGUAGAGGUGCUGGCAGCUACUCUGUUUACAACUUCAUGCCCACCUCUGUUAUCCAAAGGUUAGGAAGGCUGUCACAGGUAGGGGCCCCUUCCUUUCCUUCUGCACCAUGAAGUGUCCCAUACAGAUACAUCUAGACUUCAGUGUCUGUCCCAAAGGGUUGUUUGCCACUUAGGAGGGGAAAGAGACUUACCACAGGGAGCGGAGGGGAUGAUUACGAGAGAACACGUCGGUCAACCUACCCCAAGUCUGGGCAUCCAAGGCUAAAAAAACAUUUUCUUGUGCAUAGAAAGUAAAAUCUAGGCUGGGUGGUGGUGGCGCAUGCCUUUAAUCCCAGCACUCGGGAGGCAGAGGCAGGCAGAUCUCUGUGAGUUUGAGGCCAACCUGGUCUACAAGAGCUAGUUUGAGGACAGACACCAAAAACUACAGAGAAACCCUGUCUCAAAAAAAAAAAAAAAAAAAAGUGAAAUUUAAAAAUGUUUGAAAUGUACGCCAUGGCAAUACUGAGGCAGGCAUGGGCAGCCCGUAUGUGGUGGUUCUGUUGAACUGUCCAUAUUGGGUUUCAUGGUCUAAGUUAAUGAGGACGACCGACCAGGUCUCUUCCUCCUAGAAAUAGCUGUUCCCAGCCGCUAUAGAGAUGUUAGCGGACACUGAGGUAGGUCAAAGCCAAGGCUCUGAUGGGCCGCGGGAAGUUCAGUUUGUAGCUAGGUGUGAUGGCACAUGCCUUUAGUCCCAACAGAGGCAGGCAGAUCUCUGAGUUCGAGGACAGCCAGGGCUACACAGAGAAACUCUGCCUCCAAAACCAAAAUUGUAUAUAUAUGAGACAGGAUCUCAUAUAUCCCAGGUUGGCCUUCAACUCACUGAAAAGCGAAGGACGACCUUGGAAUUCCCGAGUGCUAAGGGGCUACAGGUGUGUGCCACCACACUUGGUGACAUAGUCCUGGGUUCAAACCCAGAUCUUCAAGUACGUUUAGGCAAACACUCUACCGACUGAGAUCCAACCCCAGCCCAGCCCGUAAACGUUCUGAGAAGCUAAAUUAGCUGUCAAGUAUAGAGCUCUAAAGCCAUUUCUGACCCGUAAACAUCAGGUCCCUAAUCCCUUCCAAAUUAUAACUUCCUUCUUGCUUUCUGUUCCUUGGUGACUUCCACCUGUAAGAGGAAACCCCCUUUGUAACCCCUCCCCCAAGACAUGUAGAUUUUAAGGUCUGAACGUCCUCUGCCAUGCAACAGUCCCCGUCACUCCGCAGUAAGCCUUUGCCACAGUGUCUCCCCUGGGUUCAGUUAAUUUGCGUAUUUGAUAAAGCCGGCGUGAGACUCGUAUUCUUAAAAUUGGAGGCACGUGCUAAAGCUGGUCGUUUUGUCACGUGCUUGUAGUGACAGCCCCCAAAGGACUCCACACACAGGUCAGGGAACACCAACUGGAAAGGUGCCCCUUCCCUAGGGACGCCUACUAGAGGUUCUAUAGACUCCAAGCCCAAUACCCGAAUCAUGCUCCCAGCUCCUCUUGUACGACUGUGUGUACGCCUGCAUCUGGGAUACAGGGCAAAUGUGAAUUUUCUUUUUAUUUGGGAGAUUGUUCACAGGAAGUAGUCCUCUCCUCUCUUGUCCUCCUAUUGAUUGUUUACAAUAUUUGUACAUCUAUGCAAAAUACUUGAAUGGGCCAUGGUGCCUUGUUUUGUUAUUUUUUGUUUUUGUUUUAUUUUUUCU